AUGUUAGUUCCACCUGAUGUUACACCCUAUGGAACCCCUAAAUUAUUGUAUCAUCUAAAUAGAUAUUGUACUGAUAGAGUUAAUUAUCGAAGAGGACAAAUUGCCAAAACAAUUAGAGAGAUUGUUAAGAUUGUUCAAGAUGUUUUGAAGGAGGUUGAAGUACAAGAGCCAAGAUUCAUCUCUAGUUUAAGUGAAUGUAAUGGAUUUUAUGAAAAUGACCGACCCUUAACACAACUCAAAGGUUUGGAAGUUAUAUCACCAAAUGAAUUUGAAGUUAUAUUAUAUUUAAAUCAAAUGGGAGUAUUUAAUUUUGUAGAUGAUGGUUCCCUACCUGGAUGUGCUGUACUUAAGCUUUCUGAUGGUAGGAAAAGAUCAAUGUCACUGUGGAUUGAAUUUAUAACCGCCAGUGGUUACCUUUCUGCGAGGAAAAUACGCUCAAGAUUUCAAACACUGGUAGCUCAAGCUUGUGAUAAAAGUACCUAUCGAGAUAUGGUUAAAAUGAUUGCAGACACUAGUGAAGUUAAAUUACGAAUUAGAGAACGUUAUAUUGUUCAAAUUACUCCAGCUUUUCGCUGUCAAGGCCUUUGGCCUCGUUCAGCUGCUCAUUGGCCUUUGCCUGACUGUUCUUGGCCACCUCAAAGUGUUGUUGCUGAAAUUAAAACUGAAGGAUUUGAUUUACUCAGUAAAGAAUGUGUAACACUUCAGGGUAAACAAAGCUCAAUGGAAGGUGAUGCUUGGGUUUUGAGUUUUGUUGAAGCUGAAAAUCGAUUAUUACAGGGUGGCUGUCGUAAGAAGUGUUUAUCAAUCUUAAAGACAUUGAGGGAUCGCCAUCUCGACUUACCUGGUCAACCAAUAACAUCUUAUCAUUUGAAAAGCCUCGUUCUUUAUGAAUGUGAGAAACAUCCACUGGAUAGUGAAUGGACAGAAUCUUCCAUAGGUGAUAGAAUCAACGGAAUCUUAUUACAAUUAAUUUCAUGUUUACAGUGUCGUCGAUGUCCACACUAUUUCCUACCCAACCUUGACCUUUUCAAAGCAAAGUCCGCAAGUCACUUGGAGACGGCAGCCAAGCAAACAUGGCGUCUAACUCGAGAGCUUUUAACCAAUCCAAGAUCUUUUGAUAAAUUGUAAAUCUUUUUUUACAAAACCUUGCACGGUAACAGAUAACAACAGUUUACUAAUUAUAAUGACGAGGACGAUUGUAAGUUGGACAAAACUCUCAUCAGCAUUUGUCCAAGAGCUACAUGUUUUGUUUAUCACUGAAAGGAUUUGAAAUUGGAACCGUAAACUGAACCAGCAAUCGGAGGAAAGUCCUUACUAUUGGUCCUGAUGUAAACCUUGAUAAAUGAAUUGGAUUACUUUUUGAUCAACUAAUCAUUAUGUCCACUUUCAUCACAUCAAAGUUAACCUCUUUUUCCGUUUGUUUAAUCAGUUGAUUUUUAUCAUAAACAAUCAACUGAAACACUUAUUAUACAUUGAAUCAAAAAUGAAAAAGGCGAAAAAACAAGAUAAGUAAAAAAUGCUAAUUGUAACACUGUAACUCAUUAUUAUCGAUCAACAAAUGUAAAUGUAUUAUAAAAGAAACGCUAAUACAAUUUAAUGUUUUGUUCACCAUUAAAUUGUAUGCUUCUUCAUUGUCAUUAUUGAUAUUAUAUAAUCAUUAACAUCGUCAAUUCAUCUUUGUUUU